AUGGAAGAACCUACGAAACCAACGUGGAAUCAUGAUCCCACAAAUGCCAGUUACGAUGCAAUAGAUGCUGAAGUAUUGCAGCCGGUUGUCAAACAUAUAUGGCAUUGGAUGCUCGGUCGUCUUGUAGCAGCGCCAAAAGUCCUCGUUACAUCUAGUGAUAUUACUCGGUGGACGUCACUAUUAAAUGAUCGAAAUGGAAAGAUUCGUCUUAAUGCCGCUUAUAACCUAGCAUUAUGCAAUGAGUACCAUAUAUUAAUCGAUAGAUUAUAUGACAAUGAAGAAAUUUUUCGUUUUGAAGCAACCUAUGCAUUAACAGCAUGUAGGUAUAGUAAAGAUGCUAUUACGAAAUUACAAGAAGUGUUAAGAGAAGAAAAAAAUACGGAACAAAUAGCAUAUUGUAUAGCAUUUAUCUUUUCUGAAAUGGGAUCACUAGCUCUUGAUACAUUACCAUUAUUGAUCGAUGUUGUACAAACAAGUAAAGCAUGGUUAGUCCAACAAUACUGUUGUGAAGCAUUGGGGACGAUUCAGUCGAAUAGACAAGAUGAUAUUGAUGAAGUUAUACAAUGUUUGACAAAUGUAUUGUCUAAUCGAGAUGAGCAGAAUGACUUCAAACAAAAAUCUCAUGCCAGAUUUGUUGCCGCAUUAUCCAUUGCUAAAAUUGGCACCAAAGCAGUUCAAGCAAUACCUGUAUUAAAAGAAGCGCUCUAUCUCGAUCAAAAUCGCUAUGUUAAUGGUUAUUCAUUGUUAGCUUUGGAAAGAAUAGGAACAAAAGAAGCAUUAAAAAUCAUGUUAGAUUAUUUAAAAAUGUCUCGAUGGUGUGCAAAAACAACAACUGCCAGUCAAUACUAG